AUGGCCACGCCCAAACUCCGCGCCGUCCUCUUCGAUUUUAUGGGAACGUGUCUUGACUGGCAUACUGGGGCCCUUAGCAUCCUUCCCAGCACGAUACCUGACAAGGAGCGCUCGACGUUGGCUCUUGAAUGGCGCCAAACAUACUUCGACAUCAACACCGCCCGCCUCGCCGCCAAUCUCCCAGUCCAGGACAUCGACAUCACACUCGCCGACGCCCUCCGCAAGACCCUCGACGAGCAAUUUCCCCAGUACAAACCGGCAUUCCAGCACAAUGACGCGGUGGAGCGGUGCGUCCAACAAUGGCACUCCAUGCCCGCCUGGCCCGAUGUCGCACCCGCAAUCUCCGCCCUCAAGGACGAAGGUUACGAAAUCUUCGUCUUCGCGAACGGCACGACCCGCCUGCAGCUGCACCUAUGCAAAUCAAGUGGCCUGCGUUUCGAUAUGCUGUUCAGCAGCCAGCUGCUGGGCUCGUUGAAGCCUGGAAGAGAGGCGUAUGAGCGGGUUCUGGAAUUGACUGGGUUGCGGGCGGAAGAGUGCGUGCAGGUAGCGGCGCAUAUCGAAGACUUGAGGGGGGCGAAGAAGGUUGGGAUGAAGACUGUGUAUAUUGAGAGGUGGACGGAUGACGUGAGGGUUGAUAAGAGGUGCGUGAAAGCGAGUGGGGAGGUAGAUGUGUGGCUUGAUGGGGGUAUGGGUGGUUUGGUGGAGGCUGUGAAGAGUUUGGACACUGAUGUAGUGUGA